AUGGACACAUUUGACAGCUCCAUAGAGGACUGGUCAAUUUAUGUUGAAAGAUUUGACCAGUACUGCCUUGCUAACGGGAUAGAGGAUGAGAGGAAAGUCGCGGUUCUUCUGAGUCUCAUGGGAGCGAAGACGUAUAACCUCCUCCGCAGCCUCAUCGCACCAGCCAAACCCGCAGACAAAACUAUUGAGGAGAUUACAAGAACACUCAAAAAUCAUUUGAAUCCAGCACCGCUAGUGAUCGCGGAGCGCUUCAGAUUCCAUAAGAGAAACCAAGCAAAGACUGAGACAGUGUCAGAGUACAUCGCAGAUCUGCGAAGACUGGCGGAACAUUGUCAGUUUGGAGAGGGACUAUCUGACGCAUUGAGAGACCGGUUCGUCUGUGGUCUGCAUAACGAGAGUACGCAAAAACGCCUUUUAACAGAAGAAAGGCUCACCUUACGGCGUGCGGUGGAUAUCGCUGUGUCAGUGGAAACCGCAGCAAGAGACGCCACUGAACUACAAGUGGCCAAGAAGUCUUCAGAACGAGUUCGUAUUUGUGGGGACUUCAAGAUGUAUCGUAAGAUCGCCAACGUCUCCUUUCUGAUCCUGCUGCAGUGCUGUCACUCUUUCUGA